GUGUGCAGAGGGGACCUGUGGCCUCGGGUUCUGGUUGUUGCAGUGAACCCACGUGCUAACGCAGAACCUGGCUCAAGGGGCCCAGGGCCAACGUCCAGCCCCGCACCCAGCGCACAGCAACUGGUGCUGGGUUCAAGUGCCGCCUGGGAACAGGCAGUGUUGGCUCAGGCCACCGGAGCGUGCUCUUUGAGUUACCCCCUCCGGCCGGAGGAGCUGGGUCGUCACCCAAGCACUCCGGGCUCCAGGCGCAAUCUUGCUGGACCUCUGGCUCUUUGUGAAACAAGAAUUUGUCUCCCCUACUUCUAACCAGCACGAUGGAUGUCCUGAUGCAAAUUAGGAGAGUGCUCUGUGAACUUAAGUGUUAGUAACGCGAAGUAUUGCUGGUUUUGGCAGUAGGAAGUAGUAGGUGGGAGUCUGGGAGAGUUAUUAAACCUUUUUGUGCCUAAGGUCACUUUCUUAUGGGAAUAAAAAUAAGUCUGCCUUGAGGAAUGCGAGUCUAUAUUAUAGAUUAACCGUUUGGUACCCUGUAUUAGUAUGGCGGUAGACAAAUUAUAGCAAUUAUUAAAAUUACAUUAAUAGAAAAAUUUAAUAAGGUUUAUUAAUGUCAAGUACAGUCUGUCGAAUAAAUCAUCACACCCCCCCCUUCCCAUCUAUCCAUCCUCCCAGUUUACAGAUUAAUCUUCCUUCCUCUAUUCAAAAACUUAAAAUAGAAUUCCUGUUAGGCAUGGGAAAUUGAGCAAUUCACUCCUCAUCUCCAAGGUAGCCUAAACUGUCUUGAGUAUUUGGAACAGUAAGAUAAUUCUGCAUAUUUUGUAGAAAACUGCCAUUGUGUUAACCUCCACCUGGAGUGCUUGUGUUCCCUUAGAGCCGUAGAACAACUGACUUCCUUUACUUCGCACCUUUGCAGAUUAGGAAACCUCUGGGCACUGGUAUUCAGUCAGAUAUUCAACUAAUAACAACUUCAGGUGGAUGUGGUGGUUUCUUUUUUUGAAUAUGAUCAUCCUUCUGUUUACAUGAGAAAUUGGCUUCAGAAACCCCUUGAGUUCCAAAAAUCUACAGACGCUCAAGUUCCUUAUAUAAAAUGACCUUUGCAUUGCAGCUGUAAUUAAAGAAUGUCAUCUUGUCACACGAUUGCUGAAGAGCCAAACCUUAGAUGCAGAAGCAGAUGUGUUAUGUGCAGUUCUUUAUAGCAAUCACAACAGAAUGGGUCGCCACAAACCCCAUCUGGCCCUCAAGCAGGUUGAACAAUGUUUAAAACGUAUGAAAAACAUGAAUUUGGAAGACUCAAUUGAAGAUCUAUUUGAGUUGUUUUCUUCCAUUGAAUGUCAGCCUGCAUCUACCAAAGCAUGUGUCAUCCCCAGCCAACCAGUGGUGGAAAUGGUAUUGAUGAAGGUUUUGGGAGCCUGCAAGUUGUUACUCCGCUUGUUGGACUGCUGCUGCAAGGCAUUUCUCUUAACUGUGAAACAUCUAGGAUUGCAAGAGUUUAUUAUUUUGAAUCUUGUGAUGAUUGGGCUGGUGAGCAGAUUGUGGGUUCUCUAUAAAGGGGUUUUAAGAAGAUUGAUUUCUUUAUAUGAGCCAUUGUUUGGAUUGCUUCAAGAGAUCACUAGGAGUCAACCCAUGCCUUACUUCAAAGAUUUUACCUUUCCUUCUGAUAUUGCUGAAUUUCUAGGACAGCCUUAUCUUGAAGUCUUUAAGAAAAAAGUGCCUACUGCUUUUGCAGCAAAAGGAGUAGCUAAGUUAUUAAACAAACUCUUUUUAACAAAAGAACAUUCAUCAAAGUCCAGCAAAGACACUUUACUUAGAAUUUCCAAAAAAACUAAACAAAUGAAGACCAAUAUACAGAAUAACGUGGAUCUUGGACAGCCAGUAAAGAAUGUCUUCAAAGAAGAGUUGACAGGAUUUGGUGUGAGGUCUUUCUGCAAACAACUGAAACACAAAGUUACCGAGGAGACUGGUUUUGAGUUAAAAUGUUCUCAGUCUAAACUGAAGCCAACGAAACAUUCUUCUCAGAAAGUGAUAGGAACUCCUCAAGCCAAAAGUUUUGUGCAACGAUUCCGAGAGGCCAAGACUUUCAUACAACUCUCUGAAGAAAUCCAAAUGGCAAUUACAUGGUGCAGGAGCAAAAAACUCAAGGCUCAGGCUACCUUUCUGGGUAACAAACUUCUUAAAAGUAACAGGCUUAAACAUGUGGAAGCUCAAGGUUAUAGUUUGCCAAAGAAACUAAAGUGCAUAAAAACGUCUGUUAGUAACUGUCUUCUUCAUGGCUCAGGUAUCAAAACUUCAAAGCAUCUUCUGAGACAAAGAAGAUCACAGAAUAAAUUUUUACUGAGACAAAGGAAACCACAGAGAAAGUUACAGUCAACUCAUCUGAAGGAAAUACAGCAGUUCUCUUCUCAGAGUGCUACUGACACCAGUGCUAAGUGGAGAUUCUCAUGCCAUACAGUUCAGAGAACUGAUCCCAGUCCUAACAGUAAGCAGCUCUUGAGUAGCAAACUUUUAAGUCCUGUCAAACAAACUAAGGAGAAACAGAUUCCUGAAAACCUCACAGGAAGAAAUGGAAAUGAAAGUGAUUCAUGGAUAAAAAUACAAAUAAACAAAGACAGUAUGCCAGGAUCUGUUAAGGAGACAGAUGACAUUGAUGAUAUUUUUGCUUUAAUGGGAGUUUAGAUGUUCAUAUGUGAGACUUUCAAGUAGUUAACAAGCUGAGUCAGUCUUCUGCUGUUUUAAGUGGAACUUCUGAGACCUGGAUGUCCUACUUGGUCUCAGAGGAUCUGCUUCUGUGUAACAUCACACAGGAGUUCAUUUCAGUAAACAUUUAUAGUUGCUUUGUGCCAUUAUCAACAAGUAUUUAUUUGGCUUUGACUACAUGCUAGGUGUUAAGAUGAAAAGUCUGUCAUAGCCUGCCCUUGAAAAACAAAUUAACUCCUUGACUGGGCCUGAUAGGUCCCUGAAAAUUUGAAUAGUUUUAUGAUUUACCAGGGAAUGAAGACCUGAACAAUUAACUGCAAAAACUUCUGUGCCUUAAGGUAAAUGGGGAGUGAGGCUGGAUAGUAGCAAGGAAGUACCCUAGAGGGUCACUUAGUCUCAUUGACUCUGUUGUAGCUAAGUCCACCUCUAAGUAUCAAUGUUUGUAGCUUCCAACAAUUGUGCUGUCUUGUUUAUGUAUUAAGACAGUAUUAUCAAAAGACUCAAAAGUUUUGUCAUUAAUUGUAUUUAUUACCAGAGACUAGGCACAACCAUUAGUUCUUUUCAUGUGUUCACCUUAUCUCACAGGAGGGCAUAUUAAAAUGUUUUUGUAGUUUUCCAAGAGAUUUUCAGUUAUUUAUUUAUUGUUAAUGGUGGUGCCAAUUAAUGAUUUUUUUCCCCCAAAUAAACCUUUUUCCAAAAUGGA